UCAAUCAAAAAGCGUGUCUCGGAGAAUUGUCCCAAAAGGCAGAGAUCACCUCACCUCACCUGGCCACAGAAAAUCAAGAAAGGGCGUGAAGCUGUCGCGAUUCUCGUUGGCAAUUACAAUUUAUAAAAGUGUGGCAAAAUAAACAAUUAAAUUAUAAUUCGAGACAGAAAGAACUAAACAUAAAAAAGUGAAAAACCACGAAGGAGGUGCGCCAUCAUCCAGCCCAAGCAGGAGGCAGGAAUAUAUAUCGCCAGCGGUCCAUGGGUCAAUAUCAUAAUCUGAGACAGCAACCGGAGCGGCAAACAAGUCGCCACAGGCAGCAAGGAGCAGCAGAGGUUCCCAUAAAUCAAAGCGACGCAAUUUGCUGCUGACGAACUGCAACGCAACGGCAGCAACAGCAGCAACAAGAGCAACUGCAACAUCGGCGGCAGCAACAACUAUGCCAUUACUGCUGGCAACAACACUCGCCGACAAUUCCCAUCAUCAACGCUUGAGCUCGACAGCAGCAACAGCAGCAACAGCAACAGCAGCAACUGCAACAGCCAUGUUGCUGACGUCGCCGACAGCAGCAACUCAUUGCCUGGCAGCAGCAACAUCGGCGGCAGGUGUUAAUGUUCAAAUUACUGGCCAAGGCGUUUCAGCAACUCUAGUCGACGAUCAACUGCAACUGCCGGCAAUGGCAGCAUCAGCGGCUAAUUAUGCCGCUAACGUUGGCCAUUUGAAUGGCUUUAACCCUAAAGACAACUGCCCACCAGUUCCACCCACCAAGGAGUCUUUUGAGGGAUCGCUGCGCCUCCCGCAGAUUCAAGUCAAGCAGGAAUUCAUGGAGUCGCCGCCAGAGAGAGUCACCUGCAAUCCCAUGAACCACCAGCAGACAGCAUCAGCACCAGCGCUGGCUACAAGCUGUCGUGGCAAAACAAUAUUAAAUCCCUGGUAUCUAAGGCCCGCCGACGGCAUUGGAUAUCAUAAUUAUAAUAGCAACAACGGCGGGGACAUCAACAAGGAUGUUGGCCAGCAGAUGACUUCCGCAAGUGGCGAUGGCCAGACAUGUCUGCCAGUCUCGUAUUUUGGCAUGGAGACGCUGGCAUCUGUCAAACAGCGACAAAAAUCCCUGCCAGACUUUCUAAUACCGCUGCACGAAAUCAUGUUCCAACAACAUCAUUACCAGCAAAGGACAAUGGGCACAUUAAUUAAUAGUCUGCCGCCCGGCUUGGUCGGGUAUCCCCCCAAAACAGAGACGUUCAAGUCGUUAACCCCGCCGAAAGCAGCGCAGCACCACCAGAAUAACCCGAAUCACCAGAAUCACACCGGCGACCACUCCUUCGUCCGUCAUUUCCACGAACGAGAUCGCCUCAUUCGGGAGCACCAGCUCAAGCAGCAGCAGUUGCGUGACGAGGAGGAAGUCCUUCAGGAGCAGGAGCAGGAGCAGGAGCUGGAGCAGGACUGCCUGGUGGUGGAGCCGGGGAAGGGCCAGGAUGUCCCAUCUGAGCUGGGGCAUAACCAUCAUUGGCAUGGCGUCGUUUGCGCUGCCAAUGGCCAUGCCACGAAGCUGCUCCACGUUGCCCCACCAAAGGCAGUGCCACCCCCAUUGCCACCACAGCAACCGCCAGUCAGGGAGGUGCAGGUCCCGAACUCCACGUCCUCCUCGACGAUGGUGGAACCACCCAGGCAGCCCAGCAUUUACGAGCAGCCAGUACCAAAUGGUCGACAUUGUCGUCCUGCUAACAAAGUUAUGCGGCACAUGUCCAACUCACCCACACCGCCCUCGCCGCUGCGCUCCCUAUCAGACUGUGGAAAGAGCUUUGAAGAGGAGGAACUGGAGCUGGGCGAGAACUGCGAGAUGCCACAGAACCUGAGCAGCAAGCGCCAGGCCAGGGAACUGGAUUCAGAGCUGGAAAACGAGGUGCUCGACCUAGCACCGCCACCCAAAAGAUUGGCGGAAGCCCAGCUGAAGGAGGAGAGAGUGGAGGAGGCGGUGGCAAGUGCCAUUCCACCGCAGCCCAUGGGGUUUGCUCCGGAGGAAAUGCAUCAGGCGCUGCAGCUGCAGUUGCAUAGUUACAUAGAAAUGGUUCGCCAAUUGGCUCCGGAGGCUUUUCCCAAUCCGAACAUAGCCACGCAGUUCCUGCUUCAGAACUCCCUGCAAGCCUUGGCUCAGUUUCAGGCCUUGCAGCAGAUCAAACAGCAGCAAAGGGAGGAUCCUUUGCCCAGUUACUCCACUCCCUUGGCAAAGUCUCCCCUAAGAAGUCCUUCCCUGAGUCCGGUACCCCGGCACAGCAAAUCGCAGCAGCAGCGAACUCCUCCAAACUCCAUGACUGCUAAUUCUCUGGGAUUGAGCAGUGCCGUGAUGACGCCAAAUACACCCAGCAUGCAGCAGCAGCAACUGCAGCAGAGCACUCCGAAGCCCACGAGUGGACUCACCGUGGCAUCUGCGAUGGCCAAACUGGAGCAGUCGCCGGAGGAGACCACCGACCUGGAGGAACUCGAGCAGUUUGCCAAGACCUUCAAGCAGCGCAGGAUCAAGCUGGGCUUCACCCAAGGCGAUGUGGGUCUGGCCAUGGGCAAACUCUACGGCAACGACUUCUCGCAGACCACAAUUUCCCGCUUCGAGGCCCUCAAUCUGAGCUUCAAGAACAUGUGCAAGCUGAAGCCGCUGCUCCAGAAGUGGCUGGAGGAUGCGGACAGCAGUGUGGCCAAGUCAGGCGGCGGAGUGUUCAACAUCAACACGAUGACCAGUAGCUUGAGCAGCACCCCAGAGAGUAUUUUGGGACGCAGGCGCAAGAAGCGCACCUCCAUCGAAACCACCGUGCGAACCACGCUGGAGAAGGCCUUCCUGAUGAACUGCAAGCCCACGUCGGAGGAGAUCAGUCAGCUGUCGGAGCGCUUGAACAUGGACAAGGAGGUGAUUCGGGUGUGGUUCUGCAAUCGGCGCCAGAAGGAGAAGCGCAUCAAUCCCUCGCUGGAUCUGGAUAGUCCCACGGGCACUCCCUUGAGCAGUCAUGCCUUUGGCUAUCCACCGCAGGCUCUGAACAUGUCCCACAUGCAACUGGAAGCCGGGUCGGGUUCUUUCUGCGGCAGCUCCAUCAGUUCCGGGGAAUAAGAAGAGUGCGGAACCUGGAAAAUCCGAUUUGUACAUAGUCAGCUUAUACUCCAAACUCUUCCACGACAUUCCACAAGCCACUCUCUCCAUAUCAAAUGCAACAAUGCCAUGGAUGUAUUUAGUAAACUAGGUGAUAGCCAGUCGUAUCAGAAAAUCAUUACGAAUUUAUGAGUACAUAUAGUUCACUACACUACCUAUUCGUAUCUGUAUGCAAAUAGAGUUCCUAGAUCUAACUAUCCCACAAAAUGCCAUAUAUCUGUUGUGUCCUAUACCCACUACGCCACAAGCCAAUUCCCCUAGUUGUAUUUAAUAUGUAUUGACUUAGAUGUGUAUGUGUACCGAUGUUGUUGUACGAUGUCCAAUUGUAAAUUGAUCUUAAACACACUUAGAUCCUAACAUCCAAAAAUUUCAAUAAAAUUAUUCCGAUAAAAU